AGCGCAAACACACAAUCACCGUCGCUCCAAUCGGAGGAAAAUGCCGCGCGACAAACACCAGCCACCAGCGGUACGCGUCUAUACAGUUUGCGACGAAUCCAAGUAUUUAAUCGUGAGGAAUGUUCCGGAAUUAGGGUGUGGUGAUGAAUUACGGAAAUUGUUCGAAGGAUACGGUGAAAUUGAUGAAUUCAUACCAUUGGACGAUGAAGAUUGCGAGCCAUUUACUGAUGUUUACUGGAUUAAGUUUCAUCAGGUCAACAAUGCUAGAUUUGCGAAAAGGAAGUUGGAUGAAUCAGUUUUUAUUGGGAAUCGGAUUCAAGUCUCAUAUGCACCAAAGUAUGAGAGCCUUAGUGACACAAAAGAGAAGUUGGAAGGUAGAAGAAAAGAAGUUGUAGCUAGAGUUAAUCCUAAAUUCAUAUCAAAGCCAUUAAAUAUCCAACACAGGGACCCACAUACUGUUCACAGUCAAACUCUUCCCUCAACAGUUUCGUCUAAUCAGGAUUAUUUUCCAUUAGAGUCGAUGAAUCAGACUGUUCGAUUGGUCAGGGAAAAGCUUAACAAGAUUGAAUCGGAUACAGAGACUUUAAAAGCCAUGUCUUCAAAGAAACCACGAAUUGACAAUAGAAGAAGAAUUUGAUAGCCAUUACCUCUUUUCAUCAAAUUCUUCGUUGAUGAAAAUGAGAAGGGCAUUCACGUCUUUUUGCACAUACAUGAGAUUGAAAACGAGUUCCACUUUUUUGGGUGGGACAAAAAAGUUGCAAAUUUUGUCCCGGUGAUAUUAGCCUCAGUUCUGUCAGACAUACAGUACAACCUCUUCUGUCAUAUCUUCUCAUGCAUAACAGACGGUUGUGUAUUCUUUUGUGAACAUGGUUCAAGGCGACUUAGAAUUUUCUUUGAAGGAAAAAAGUUAAUUUUUGAAAGAAGUGCAUGUACCAUUUUACCCCUAAUUUGUAUGCUUAUGAAAUUGGGGUUUGGUUAGUAAUGAAUUAUGAUUAUAGCCUAAUAGCAAGG